AUGGCAAAGCAGGAACGGUUGCAGCAGCUGGGUAGUUUGGUCGAGCGCCUUCGACGCAGCCCGGCAUUGUUGCCAGGAGAAGCUUCCGUUAUUCAGAAGGAAUUGGUUAGCUUGGCAAAGAGGUGUUGGGGAGAGGAUGAGGAAGACGACGAAGAGAACGAAGAGAACGACGCAGAGAUGCGCAGUUUCGAUCGGCUGGAAGAGGCUUUGCUGAAGCUCCCAGAAGCCAAGCAGCAGGCGAUUGUGGCUGCUUUCCGACCUCUUCGUGCUGGCGUUUCAAGACGGCUUUCGGAGUGGACGAACGCCCUCAAUGACUUUCUCAGCGACGCGGGUAACCAGGGUGGAUCACAGGCGCAACAUCUCGGAGAUCUCCUGCGGGAGGUCGACAGCUCCCCGCAGUCCAGAUGGUACCGGCAGUGUCCCAAGCCUCGCGUGAAGGCGAAGUUUCUGAUGGCCAUUGCCAGCUUGGCACGUGCUUUGAUCCGUGGUAGUCCGUUACUGAAGCCGGUGGUUGCUUCUCAUCCAGCCGUGCUGUCGCUGGCCAAGAAGAUUGUCAGCAGACUCUUCGUGCUUCGGGAGCCUGGCUAUGGGGAUACUUUGGAGAGGUGGCACGAGGGCAGGUUGGCGGUCUACAAUGCGACCAUCUCUCUGGCUGCACAAAGGGCGGCAGAGAAGCUGAAGGAUGACCUGCAGGUGUCCCUGGUGUCGGCAGUGAAGCGCUCGGCCAACCCUUCUGCGGAGGAUGGCAAGGCCAAGGCAUCCUUGCAGCUCCAGCUGAGAGGCUGGCCGAUGUCAGGGUGCCCUUUGGCACGUGCUCUGCUGGAAUUCCUAAAGUCACGGGCAGCCGAACUGGGAGAUCUAGGACGGCCCAGUUUGCGGGAGUGCCCACCACAUGCGCUGCAACCCGAAACCCUGCGGCAAUUGCUAUCACGCCUGGAUGCGUUCGAGAUCGGCGGUGCAGAUGGGAUUGUCCGUCUUCGCUUCGAAGCAGUGGCCGCCUUGGCCUUCAAGGCCGUGGGGACCAAGCCGAAGGCAGGCUCUGUUGUCCCUCCCACGACCAAGGCCCAGAUGUCUCAGAUGGCUCAGAUGGGCAAACCGAAGCUCGAUGGCUCACUUCCGGACAUGGCAGACAUCAAGAUCGAUUAUUCAGAUGCCAACUUCAUGAUGCGACUCAUCAAGCGCGGCCUGCGUUCUGGCCAUGAGGAGUGGCGGCAAGCUUGGGCACAGUUUUGCUGGAAGAAGAAUCUGCGGACCAAGCUGUCCGUCAGCAAGAAGAUCAGCCCUCCAAAAGAGGCCUUGGCUGCGUUUUUGGAAGCCAACCUCCCAAAGCUCCGGUCCUCCUUAACCUACGAGAAGCAGGGAUCCCAAACCGCCUCCCGAUCGCGCUCCGACUUCGAGCGCCGUCGAAGGCGGGAGCGGGAGCCCACCCCCCGGGAGCCCCCGCCACUCUCGGAGUCCUGGUCGAGCUCCUUCGAGACGGAGUCCGAGCGCUCGGAGCGCUCCCGGCGCCGCAAGAAGCGGCGGAAGGAGAAGAAGGGCUUAUUGGGCUAUGCUGAUUUCUUUAACAAGUCCAAGCACAUGACCCCGGAGGUGAUGAUGAUGAGAGCCCAGAUGAUGGGAUUUUCGAUGGUCAUGGACAACCCCCUGGCGAUGAUGGGCAUGAGGCCUCCGAUGAUGACGCCCUCCAUGAACCCCAUGUUGCCACGCCCCGAGACACCGGGCCGGCCUUAUGCCGGCCAUGUGGCACCUCCACCGGCUCCACCUGCUCCUCCCGCUCCGCCCACGGCUCUGCCAGCUCCCAGUCCUCCCGGACCGCCUCCUUCCGCUCCGGUCUCCAACUCCAAGCCCCCUCUGCCCAAAUCGGCUGUGGCUGCUGCGCGCAAGCAACAGGAGUCGACCAUCGACAUGGACGAUCUAUAA